CUGCUAUGUUGCAUGACGAGACGUGUUUAAAUUGGGUGUGCGUACCAAUGAAAGUACAAUAAUGUAGGGGCCUACGGGAUGUAAGUUGUUGCCUCAUCUGUAGAGACCACUUUAAAUGUAGGACCAGGACAAGAUGGCGGAUUUAUCGUUGCUACAAGAGGAUUCCCAAGAGGAGUUGGACGGAUUUGGUGUGGAUGACUACAGCUCAGAGUCUGACGUCAUUAUUAUACCUUCAGCCUUGGAUUUUGUAUCGCAAGAUGAAAUGCUGACGCCACUGGGAAGACUCGAUAAAUAUGUUGCUAGUGAAAACAUUUUUAAUAGACAGAUGGUGGCCAGAAGUUUAUUGGACACAUUAAAAGCUGUUAGUGAGGACGAGCGAGAUUGCAUCGCUGUCUUGGAGAGAGUAAGCAAGCUUGCCGAUGACUCAGAGCCCACUGUGCGAGCAGAGCUCAUGGAACAAGUCCCGCACAUUGCCAUCUUCUGUCAGGAGAACAAACCUUCCAUUCCAUAUGCCUUCUCCAAGUACCUGUUGCCCAUCGUGGUGAGGUACUUGGCUGAUCCCAAUAACCAGGUCCGCAAGACGAGCCAGGCGGCCCUGCUGGUGCUGCUGGAGCAGGAGCUGAUUGAUCGGGUGGACAUUGAGAACAUGGUGUGCCCUGUGCUGGUGGACCUCACCGCCCCCGACAGCAACGACGAUGUCAAGACAGAGGCCAUGGCAAUUAUCUGCAAGAUGGCUCCCAUGGUAGGGAAGGACAUCACGGAACGUCUGUUCCUGCCACGCUUCUGCGAGAUGUGCUGUGACUGCAGGAUGUUUCACGUGCGCAAGGUCUGUGCAGCCAACUUUGGGGACAUUUGCAGCGUGGUCGGUGGCGAGGCCACUGAGGAGUUGCUGCUGCCCCGCUUUUUCCAGCUCUGCUCGGACAACGUGUGGGGGGUGCGGAAGGCGUGCGCCGAGUGCUUCAUGAGCGUUUCCUCGGCCACGUCACCCGAGGUGCGCCGGACCAAACUCUCAUCGCUCUUCAUCAACCUCAUCAGCGACCCCUCGCGCUGGGUGCGACAAGCUGCCUUCCAGUCCCUGGGUCAGUUCAUCUCCACGUUCGCCAGCCCCAACUCCAACGUGGGCCAGUACUUCAAGGAGGGCGGGGAGGAUGCAGAGUGGAGCGCUGAACACCCACAGAAAAACAGUGCUGAGGAGAAGUCCUCAAAUUCAGACACAAAUGCUGCACAAGAUGGCGAGUCUGCUGCUACGGAGGAGAAGAGUCCGGAGGAGUCCCCUGCUGCCGCUGCGGAACAGGAGGACAACGUGAAGCCCUCGGAGGACUCUGCUUCCCAGAAUUCCCUGGAGUCUCAUGGCGACGGCCCCGGCCCGUGCCGGGUGGAGGAGGCGGGCAACAUGGAGGACGUCGUGGCGGAGGAGGGCGGGGGCGAGCAGGCGGCCGAGGCGCUCAACGGCGAGGUCAUGGCCUGUUGCCACGGCAACUCAGACUCCGCCUGCCUCAUGGGAGAGGAGGAGCCCUUGCACAAUGCCCUCGAACCCGACCCGGGCCCGCCCAAUGAAGCACCCGAACCCAGCGCGGAAGAAGAACAGACCCCCAACUCGGCACAAAAUCAGGAGGAGACAGCGGUGACCACGCCACAGAACGAUCCAGAUGCAGAGAGCUCCACAACAACCAGCAGCAGCAGCAGCAGCGUAGAAGAGUCCUCCUCGGCAGCAGGUGGCAGCACCUCACCGCCGGCGGCAGUCUCGUCCCCUGCGGAGGACAUCCCCGAGCAGGAACUGUACAACUCCUUCCACUACUGGAGGACGCCCAUCCCCACUAUCGACCUGGACCUGGAGCUGCAGCAGAGUGCGGAGGAGCGGGAGAGGGAGAGGGGGGAGAGCCACGGCGCGUCGCCCAGCCGCACAGGGUUCUCCUCUGGGGCAUGCAACACCGGUAUCCCCUCAACUCUGGGCCGAAGGCAGCUGCAGGAGCUCAUCGAGAACCUGGAGCCGCACACCGACGACCCGGAUGUAAAAGCCCAGGUGGAGGUGCUGACUGCUGCGCUUCGGGCCACAGCGCUGGACGCCCAUCUGGAGGAUGCCUACCUGGAGCCCCGGACAGCCCACCUGGCCUCACACGACAACCCCUUCGACGUGCACCAAGUGCCCCUCCUCGACUCCAGCGACCUGGAGAACCAGGAUCCUACUCUGCAGAUUAGCCGAGGGGACGACUCUGACCUGAGCGACCACAGCAUGAGCCCAGAGGAGGAGAAGAGGUCUAAACACCAGGACGUGGUUCCCCAGGCCCUGCUGGACCAGUACCUGUCCAUGACGGACCCUUCGCGGGCCCAGACGGUGGACAUGGAGAUUGCCAAGCACUGUGCCUACAGCCUGCCUGGCGUGGCCAUGACCCUGGGCCGGGAGAACUGGCACUGCCUCCGAGACACCUACGAAACGCUGGCGUCAGAUAUGCAGUGGAAGGUGCGGCGGACGUUGGCGUUCUCGAUCCACGAGCUGGCGCUGAUCCUGGGUGACCAGCUGACGGCGGCCGACCUGGUGCCCAUCUUCAACAGCUUCCUGAAGGACCUGGACGAGGUGCGGAUAGGGGUGCUCAAACACCUCUACGACUUCCUCAAGCUUCUACACCAGGAGACGCGGCGCAAGUACCUCUACCAGCUCCAGGAGUUCCUAGUUACAGACAACAGCCGCAACUGGCGAUUCCGAUCCGAGCUGUCAGAGCAGCUGGUGCUUCUUCUGGAGUUGUACAGUCCACAGGACGUGUAUGACUACCUGAGACCGUUGGCCUUUAAACUUUGCACAGACAGGGUGUCCUCAGUACGGUGGACAUCCUACAGACUGGUUAGUGAGAUCAUUAGGAAGUUGUCUACCUGUCCAUCGCUGCUGGUGGACUUCCUCAGUGAGCUGGUGGAUAAGUUCUGCCACUGUCCGAAGUGGUCAGGACGACAAGCGUUCGCCUUUGUCUGUCAGUUGGUGAUAGAGGAUGGCUGCUUGUCUCUGGAGCAGUUCUCUGAGCACCUGAUGGCUCCCCUGCUGCAGCUGGCUGCUGACCCCGUGCCCAACGUCAGGGUGCUGCUGGCCAAGACCCUCCGCCAGAGCAUCCUGGAGAGAGAUUAUUUCCUGAACUCUGCAAACUGUCAGCACGAGGUGUUGGAGCAGACUCUGGUGGCGCUCCAGAUGGAUAUGGACAAGGACGUCAAGUACUUUGCUAGCGUACACCCCCUCAGCACACGCAUCAACGAGGACGCCAUGAGCACCACCUCAUCCACCUACUGAGCCCACACACACACACACACACACACACACACACACACACACACACACACCAGCCAUCGCACUCACAUGGCCACACACACACACACACACACACACACACACACACACCAGCCAUCGCACUCACAUGGCCACACACACACACACACACACACACACACACCAGCCAUCGCACGCACAUGGCCACACACACACACACACCCCACACUUUUGGCUACCCCCUUUCCUUGGGUCUGAAUUGGGGAUAUGGGAUGAUUGUUUCAUCUUCCUACUGAGCACACAACCCUCUCUUCCUCUCUACCCUCUGUCUCUGUUACUGUACAAUUCCAAAAUGGGAACCCGGUCUUUCUUUGUCAGGUUUACCUUCACACACACAUACACACGCGCAUACAUGUCUAUGAAUAAGCUCAGAUUUGCCCGCAGAUGCACAUACAGACUUGUUUUCAUGACUUGUAUGUGUGCGUGUGCACAGACUUAACUUAAAAACAAGCAGACACAUACGGUCAUACCUGGUGAUUUUGUCUCCCUCACACACACACACACACACACACACGCUGCACGCACACUGUGACUGUCCCCCUUUGUUUGUCCAGGUGUUGGUCGGGGCCUCUGGAUUGGGUAGGGGGGAAACUAAAUACCAUAGAAACACCACGAGGGGGCGGGAGCUCUUAGUCUGUAAGCCUCCUCUCUUCUCCUCCUCCUCCUCUUCUUCUCUUCUCCUCUCCUCUCCGCUCCGGAUACGACUCACUACAACAAAGAAUUAUCUAGUGCAUUCUUUUAUGUUUCUUUUGCCACAGAAGCCUUAAAAGAGUCUUCCUUCAAACGAGAGAAUACUUGAAUGUUUUGAUGAGCAGUUUUAAUGGCAGCACCAACUAUUACAGAACGACAUUAAAAAAAAGAAAGAAAAGGAAAAAAAACAGAAUGGUGAUGGAGGACGGUGGACCAUUUUUCUCCCCCACUUUUUCUAUUUCAAUCUCUUUCCAUCUCUUCUCUCUCUCUCUCUCUCUCUCUCUCUCUCUCUCUCUCUCUCUCUCUCUCUCUCUCUCUCUCUCUCUCUCUCUCUCUUUUUCUCUUUCUGUCUGUCCCUCUUUACAGUAGGACCUCAAACAAAUCUUCGACCUAGCCGGAAAAGCCAGUAUUUCACAGCUUUAUGGAAGCCGCAAUAUAGCAGGAAAUGACAGGUAGCGAGAGAAAAAAAAAUGUUUUAAAGGUGUAAAAGUCUUCGAUUGAUUGUUUUUAUUUGUUUAUUAUAAUGUUUGAUUCCUUUUUUUGAUACUGUAAAUGAUAAACUUCGUAUGCUGCAUAUUAUGAAUACAUCUGCACCACCGCAGCCUUGAUGGUGCGCCUUUGAGCAGGGGGGGUGGGGGGACGUUUCUUCUCAAGGGCUUUUGGCCUCUGUUUUAAAAACCUAGUGCAGCACAUUGUUGUACCCAUGGAUGAUGGCUACCCUCCACCCCCAUCCACUACCCCCAACCCCCCCUUCUCCACAGAGGGGGGUCCCCCCCACCCCCUCACCUGCAAAAUAAUGAUUAAAAAAAAAAAGAUAAAAUAGAAACUUAAUGUAUUUUUAUGGAUGCCUGACUGUCUCAACAUGUGGGUGAGCCAGUCAGCCAGCGUAACUCGGCCCAGUCAAGGCUAGCGUGGUGAUGCAUUUUAAUGAUAACAAAAUGACCACACACCCCUCCCCAAAAAAAUACCCCCAAACCUCCCUUCCCGAUUCCCUUCACACUCAAAUGUGUACAUAUCUUUAGCAAUGGUUUUGGGUUUUUUCCAUUUUGAUCAAGGAUCAUGACUAGUAUUGUGAUACAAAUUUGUUCUUUUAACUUGUCCAAAAUAAAAUUAAGAUACCUCAAAUUUU